AUAAAGCCACCAACCCAUCCAACAGGCAAGAAGACUGGGAAUACAUCAUUGGAUUCUGUGACCAGAUCAACAAGGAGCUUGAAGGGCCUCAGAUAGCUGUGAGACUCCUGGCUCAUAAAAUCCAGUCACCACAGGAAUGGGAGGCAGUGCAAGCCUUGACAGUGCUGGAAGCUUGCAUGAAGAAUUGUGGGAGAAGAUUUCAUAAUGAAGUUGGAAAGUUUCGCUUUUUAAAUGAGUUAAUAAAAGUUGUGUCUCCAAAGUACCUGGGGGACCGAGUCUCAGAGAAGGUGAAGUCCAAAGUGAUUGAAUUGCUGUACAGCUGGACUGUGGCAUUGCCAGAGGAAUCCAAAAUCAAGGAUGCCUACUACAUGCUCAAGAGACAAGGGAUUGUCAUGUUUGAUCCUGUGAUUCCUGCAGACAGAACUCUGAUUCCUUCCCCACCGCCUCGUCCCAAGAACCCAGUGUUUGAUGAUGAGGAGAAAUCCAAGCUCCUAGCCAAGCUGCUGAAAAGUAAAAACCCAGAUGAUUUACAAGAGGCCAACAAACUUAUAAAAUCCAUGGUAAAAGAGGACGAGGCUCGGAUCCAGAAGGUGACAAAGCGCAUGCACACACUGGAGGAGGUCAACAACAACGUGAAGCUGCUGAAUGAGAUGCUGGUUCAUUACAGCAAAGAGGACUCAUCAGAGGCUGACAAGGAGCUCAUGAAGGAGCUCUACGAAAGGUGUGAAACCAAAAGACGAACACUGUUCAAGCUGGCCAGUGAGACAGAGGAUAAUGACAGCAGUUUGGGGGAUAUUCUACAGGCCAGUGACAAUUUAUCACGUGUGAUAAAUUCUUAUAAAAAAAUAAUAGAAGGGCAAGUGAUGAAUGGUGAAGUGGAUCUCCCUGGGAUGUCUGUAGUGGAAGGGAGUAACUCCAGCAACAAUCUCAACACCCUGAUCGACCUGGCAGGACUGGACGUCAGCAGCGCGCCGCCGCCUCCGCUGCCCCCCAGGAGCCUGGCAGCCGCCCCCAGCCCAGCCCCCGGCCCAGCUGAGAUCCCCAUCCUCCCUCCUCCUCCCCAGGCCUUCGUGCCCCCGCGCAGCCAGGCAGAAACAGCACCUGCUCAGCAGGGCAGCACGAGCAGCUCCCUGUCCUUGCUGGAUGAGGAGCUCCUGUGCUUGGGCCUGAAUGACCCAGCCCCUGCAGCAGGGAAGGAGACCUCAGAGAACAACCAGUGGAGCAUGUUUGAGAAUGAGCAGUUGGACCUGGAUUUCUUUAAUCCGAAGAUGGUGACUGUUGCUUGCAACCCUGCAGGGAACCCCCUUCUCCAUCCCACGUCACAGAGCACCUGUGGGACGUCAGCCACGCUGCCUUCUGCUUUCCCAGCCUCCCAGCCUGCUCCCAGCAUCCCGGCCCCAAACUCAGCACCGUUUGUAUUUCCUGCUGUGCCAGCUGCCCCUGCAGGGCCUCCUAAGAAUAUUCCAGCUGCUCCUGGGUUCUUCAGCUCGUCUGUGGGGGGCAAUAUGUCACAUAAGAUGGAUGCAUUGGGACAACUCCUCGAAGAAGCCAAAGGGAGUGCCACCCAAGGCAUGGUGACACCUUCAGUGUUCCCUGGGGUGACUUUGCCAAGCACUGUCAGCCCUGCCCCAUUAGCAGCACCUGCAGGGCUGGCAGCCACUGCCUCUGGGGCCCCUCCAGCUCCCUUCCCAAGCAGCUGCCCUGCUGGAUCAGGAAGCCCUCUCUUCCAGCCAACAUCAUUCCAGCAGCAAGGCAGUCCCAUGAAAGCACCUGAAAUUUCUUUGGCCAAUGUCCACGUUCCCCUGGAAUCCAUUAAACCCAGCAGUGCCCUGCCCGUGACAGCCUACGACAAGAACGGGUUUCGGAUCCUGCUGCACUUUGCCCGGGAGUGCCCGCCCGGCCGCUCGGACGUGCUGGUGGUGGUGGUGUUCCAUGAAGGUGAAGCUACAGCCACCCUCUGGCACUGAGCUGUCUCCGUUCAAUCCCAUCCAGCCACCAGCUGCCAUCACCCAGGUCAUGCUUCUGGCAAAUCCUGCCAAGGAGAAGGUGAGGCUGAGGUACAGACUGACGUUCACCCUGGGAGAUCAGCCCAGCACAGAAGUGGGUGAGGUGGAUCAGUUUCCCCCGGUGGAGCAGUGGGGGAAUCUAUGACCUUAGGACACUGCCAGAGACUGUGACAGGACCAGGGCAGGAUCCCACAGGACUGGAACGGAUGUGCCGUGGGGAGGGACACACAUGCUAUCCACUGGUGAUGUUCAGCUUUGUUUACAUGUCCUGACCACUCUGCUUGUAGCUUUAGUCCAGAAUGUUGUGCCCCACGUUUGAAGGGGCCCUGGAACACUUCUGCCAAGCAUGAACUGAGAGGCAGCCAGCCACAGGCGCUGCUGGCUGCUCUUACUUUGACCUCUGGGUGAAUCUGGUUCUAUCUUCCACUCUAUUAAACUUGAAGUUAUUGUAUUUUGAGGGAAGACCUGUCAGCAGAAGGGGAUUUAGGUGGCUUUUCCUGCACUGCUGUCCAGAGAUCCCAACAGGCUGUGGGGUGAUGAUGCCGCGAGCUCAGCGCAGAGCCCUGCCAGGCCCUCCCUGGGCCUGUGACCUCCCUGUGCCACACGGGCCCGUGAGCAUGCUGACAAUAAUGCUGCUCCACGAGGGAAUGCUUCCUUUUUUACACUGAAACAGCACUUAGCUCCCUUCCCCCUCUCCUGCUUCAUUCCCAAGGGCCCGUGUAAGCAGCCCCUCGCUCCGUGUGUGCCAUACUGCUCUACCUUUACUUGUUCUAUUUAUUUUAUGCUGCUGGCUGCCACCCUGGGGCAUCCAUUUGGGGCAGCUGGUGCUGAGUUUUGUCUGCAAAUGGUUACACUGGUUAUUUUUUUGCUUUCAUUGCAUUCCAUAGCGUGGGGAAAAGAGGAAAUGCAUAGUGAGGAGGAAGGAGGGCUGGAGGGUAUUGGUCAGUAUUGGAGGAGGACAGCACCUGGAGCACAGAACUGUCCUUACAAUCACUGGUCAGGGCAAGUGACUGAAUCCAGGGGUAAGGAGAGAUGCCUCUCGUGUCCCCUCAUGCAGGCAGUGUUACUGGUAUAGUCAAAUACUGUGUUUUAUUGAGCUGAGUACAAUGACCUACAACAUGUAAAUAAUCCAGCCAUAGAGUAUUAAAACAGAACAAGCAGGCAGAGAAAGGAAGAGGCUCCUCUGGGCUGUGAUGGGGCAUGUGCUGGGUUAAUGCCCCAUUUUCUUUGUUCCCUGUAUUAAGUGGCAAAGUGCAAUUGUCCCCACAAAGGGGAAAAGAGUUUUGCUGGACAUCAGUGCUAACAGAAGAGCUGAUCCUUUAGCUGCAACCUCCUAGAAAUAAGGUUUAAAUCACCACAACUUGGUUCCAGCAGCCCCUUCUUUUUUCUCAGUUUCCAGUCUCAAGCAGUGCCUCGGUGAGCCCUGACAGGCUGUUGUAAAUUAAUGGGGGCUUUUAACACCCAUUGACACGAACACAGAGAGGUGCCUGCUCAGUCCUUGGACACUCAGCUCUGCAUUUCCAGCAGGGCUGUCAGCUCUUCUCAAAUGUGGAGUGGGAGCAGCACAGAGAAAAGCAGUACAGAGGCUCCUGCCUCGUGUAGGAAAACUCCACAGAGCAUGAUGCUGGAAUGAAUGGUGGCUGUAAAACCAUUGCUGCAAACACAGCUUGCAGUUAUUCAUAGUUGAAUUUUCUUUACUAUGCUGCAGAGUAAAAAUCCCUAUAAAUGAAAAAAUGGGAUUCACAAGCCUCAGGCCCUCAUCAGAGGCACCAGGCAGCUGCAGGAACCCCUGAAGGUGGAAUUCAGGCUUGUCCUGGUCUGAAGCCUGUGGAGAUCUCAGCCUUGUCAGCUCCUGGUGCAGAAGCCAGGGGAGAGGGGUGGGUUGUUUGGAUACUAAAGAAAGUUGUUUUAAGUUGAUGGACUGGGAGAUUAUGGACAAGGAGAGAAUUCUUUCUGCCUCAGACACGUUCUUGCCAGCACUUUAGACACAGUAGGUGUGGGGACAGAGCCUGGGUGGUGUGUCCUGAGGAGCAGGGUCGCUGCUUCCCUGCAUGUGGAUCUCACUGUGACCUGGAGGAAGGCAGGAGAGCACAGGUGCUUUCAGCAGCAGCAGCCACCCAGACAUGGACACACAGUCCUGCUGCUUUGGAAAUUAAACCAUGAAUGUUCCUUGUCUGUAGGGUGAGGUUCCUGCUUCAUCCCCAGCAGUCCUACCUGUACAUACAUCUCCAAUGCAUUUGUGCUGCUGCAUGUUGAAUAAAUCAUUUUCCCUA